AUGAACGGAGAAACCAAUUCAGCUAAUGGUUCGAAUGAAAACGGGAUGAUAGCAUCAACCAUCAAUUCAGAUGGUGGCAAUUCUCAUGGGCGGGCUCCAAAGAAGGUUAAGCUCAGAUGGAAAGAUGAGCUUCAACAAAAAUUUCUUGAAGCCAUUGACCACAUCGGUCUUCGCAAGGCUAUGCCCAAGACGAUCCAAGAAUUCAUGAACGUGAAAGGCAUAACAAGAACUCACAUUGCCAGCCAUUUGCAGAAGUACAGAAGACACUUGAAAAAGAUUAAGCAAAAGACCAAGAGAGCCGAAAUCGCAAAAAGAAUAAAUAGGGAACUCACCAGGUCUGCAUCAUCCGGCUUACUUACCCUACAAGGCUCCUACAAAUGCACACAACUGAGCAUGGAAAAUCUGUUCAAAUCCCAGCUCGGCCAUAGUGGUGGUCAGUCGAGCCUUAUUCUGAACAAGAGUGCCUCUAGAAACUACAUGAUGCAACAAACAAGAUCCAACUUGUUGCCUGUGGGAGGAGGUCGCGUGUUGCCUUUGAACAACGAAAUGAGAAGCUUUUCGGCAACACCUCAAGUGUCUCGAGUUCCUGGGCUUGGACAAUAUGGUACACCAAAUGGUUCUUUGGGUAUGCAAAGCAACUACACUGGGAUGAAUGUAGAUGCAAAUGGAAAUCUACUUGGAGCUGAUGGAGCCGGCCGAGUUGAUGGUAAUGCUUAUGGCUCUCCUGGUGCCAUGAACUUGGAUGUCAAUAACAAUCCGAUUCUUCCUUCUAAAUUUGGAAAGUCUUUAUCCAACGGUGGUCAGACGCAGAGCAAUUUGCUUGCACAAAUGGGUGCUUGGGCUUCUAGAAGCACCUUGGGGACAUCUCAAGCUCCUCGAAUUGGGCAAUAUGGUACAAGAAAUGAUGUUUACAACGCUGGGAUCAAUACAAAUGAAUGUAUAGAUUUGACUGGACUUGGUGGAGCAAGAUCUAAUGGCACUCCUGGUGAAAAUGUGGGCACAAUGAACAAUAACAUGACGAACCAUGGAAGUUCAACUUCGAGGCUUUCUUCCCCAUUUUCAUCCUUUUUUGCCAGCGAGGAUCGGCUACAAAGAAAUUUGAAUGCGCAACUGGAUGGUCUGAUACCUAUACUAGAGAGUAUGAGCGUGAACAAUGAUGACAUUGGCAAUACAGUUAACUCCCAGUUUGAUCAGAAUCAGCAUAAAGGUCAAGUGAGUGCUGGAAACUCUGGAUUGUCCAAUGAUGUUUCUGAAGGAAGUGCAACUAGCAAUUCGAAAUUUGAUCACCAUCAAGAGCAAGUGGGUGUUGAAGAUUCUGAAUCGUCCAACGAUGCUCUUCUUGAGAAUAUAAUUAAUAAUUGGAGUAAUUUCGAUAAUUAUCAAGGUCAAGUGAGUGCUGGAAAUCAUGAACUGUCCAACACUGCUCUUCUUCAGAAGUUUACAAGCUGGAGCUUUAAUAACCAUCAAGAUCAAGUGGGUGCUGGAAAUCCUGAACUGUUCAACAAUGUUCUUCUGGAAGGGAAUGCCAUUAAUAAUUACCAUCAAGGUCAAGUGAGUGCUGGAAAUCCUAAUUUGCCCAAUGGUAUUGCUCUUGGAGAGAAUGUGAUUAAUAAUAACUGGAGCUAUGAUAACCAUCAGGGUCAAGUGAGUGCUGGAAAUUUUGGACUGUCCAACGAUAUUCUUCUUGAAGGAAAUGCAAUUAACAAUUGGAGCUUUAAUAACUAUCAAAGUCAAGUGAAUGUUGGAAAUUAUGAAUUGGCCAAUGGUGUUUUUCAAAAUGCAUUUGGUGAUGGGAGCUUUGAUACUCCUCAAGGUCAAAUGAAUGCUGGAUAUCCUGAAUUCGCCAACAAUGUUCUUUUUGAAAGGAGCAAUUGGAACUUGAAUGACACCCCUACUGAGGAAACAUUCAACUCUGUCGAUGCUAAUUCGAAAAUGUUCAUUCCUAAUCCCGGCAUGAACACAAUAACCCAGGAGGAACAAAGUAGGAAUGAACAAGCAUUGAGCUAUCUUGCUCUUAAUUCGGAGAUGUAUCUUCCUACUCCAAAUAUGAUCGCUAUCAAUCAGGAACAAGGUAGCGAUGAAUCAACAUUGAACUCUAUCGCUGCUAGUUCGGAGAUGCGUAUUCCUAGUCAUACUCCCGACAUGAGCACUCUCAAUCUGGUAACUAUAAAUAUCUUUUAUUUUGAAUUAUUUUCAUGUGAAAUGGCAUGA